UCGAUGCCCAGCAGCCAAAUUAAUGCAUAUAUAAUAUAAUAUAUUAUAGUCAAAUAAUCAAAUAAUCAUGCAUCUAGGGCUUGAAAUAGGCUGCCAUUGAGAGUUGCAUUAUUCAGGCUUGAUGGCUGGCUGGAGAAUGGAUUGAGCCCGUUAUGUUCGUCUGUUGGAUGAUGAUGAUGCGCACCAUCCAAUAACUGCUAUUGAAUCCCAUCGUAGUCGGUCGUGAAGAAUUCAUUCAGUCAGUCAGUCAGUCGCGAUCGGUUGAUCGGCUUGUACAAACCAGAUACUGUAACAGCAACAGACCCGAUUUAAUUCCAUUGGCCAGUGUGACAUUUGUUGACAGGCUACCAUUGAUCGUUAAUGGCUGCAAUGACAUAAUUGCUUGUUUCGUGUAAUUGGCUUGUUAUCCCGUCGCCAUUUUUGCCUGUCAAUCUAUUAUGUCGUGUGUGGCAGAUGUCUGCUUUUAUAACUAAUGUGUGUAUGAGAAUCUUGGUCACAUCUUGACAAUUUACAUAAUGGCAGCCAUAUGCUGGCUGCAUCCAUGCAUGCGGCAAUGAUUUACAUGUAACUACUUGGAUUUGGGCCAUUGUUAUCUUUGGAACAUCUGCUGCCGAUUGAAAUGGGCCCAGUUGUCACCACUGGUCUACCUGACUGCUAUAACGCCCGAUUUCGAUGAUGAGCAGCAUAGAAUCCAAUCAAAUGGAAUCGGAUUUAAAUUAUGGCCUUUGUGUUCCUCUGGGACAGUGAUUACCAAUAGCGCCGUUUACACAACUAGUAAUUACCGCUGCCAAUGAAAUGUCAAGCUGCUGCUGCUUUCUCCUCACCUGAUUCUCCAAUCAUUGGCUAUGGCUAGCCAAUCAAUGAUUGGACACUGGACGUAUAAUCAGCAUCGAUGGCUUCCAAAUUAGAUUUGUGUUCGUUUGGCCGUCAUAUCAAAAAGCCGUAAUCAGAGCUUGAAGAACGUGACAUGAAUGCAAGGCGUUCAUUGACGAGAAAUAGUUAUUCUUUAGAAACAAAGGAAAGCUUGGAUGAUCCAUUCAUGACCAGCCCUAUGGAUCGAUCACGGCGGACAUUUGGUCUACAAUAAUAACCAGCAUUCAUUAGCAGAAUCGAUGGCCAACCGAUCGAUUCAUUGCUCGUCAUCACCAAAUUCCAACUAAUCCCUGCCUUUGCAUGUGUAUCUUUAUGUGCUAUGGUUGGUUGAUGACAAUCUCAAUUACUUGCAGUUGGGUUAUCAAUGCAGAUGCCAAGACGAGAUUCGAUCUGAUCUGAUCGGCUAGAGCUGCACAUCAGUUUCAUUAGGGCAUUUUAUUUUUUUUAAUUUAAUUCGAUUAUUAUUGAUUCCAGUGAACCAAUCAGCUAACAGUAGCAAAUUGAAUUUUUCUCAUAGCGUAGAAUAAACUCGGUCUAUAUGUGUAGAAAUGUGUGUUUGUUGUAAGGAAAGCAAACGGGCAGGAGGGCCGGAGUUAAUGCUAAAGUUUUGCUUUCGCGCUUUCUUGAAUUCGAUAUGAUCGCGAUCACGACUGAUUGGGUGACAACCUGUCUAGUGUAUGAAAAACUAGUUCAUAGAAUCAUAAUGAAAAGUUGGCCGCCUGUCAUCAUGCGACUACGAACAUUUCUUAAUCCAUGUGAACCGACAAACUAGCCUAAUGAAGCCAUCACGUUCAUCAAUAAUAGGUCUAGUUUCAUAAUCCUCAUUCCCGUGUGACAGAUGAUUUAACACUUUUCAUUCUAACCUGAUCACAUUCCGUCUUUGUCAUAGUUAACGACGUUGCAAUGAAUCAACCAACUAUUCUUACCGCUAAUCAAAGGCCACAGAGCCAAAGAUCUGUAUACUCUUUUCUAUUUGUUCAAUGGUCAACUAUGCAGCAAUAUUCAACUAUUCUGUUUGCUUUGACUUUGAUGGUCACCCUAAAUUUGUCUUUGUUGGUUUGGUUGCUGAGCCAAUUAAAUUUCGAACUCGACAACGACAGUUACUUGCCUUUGAUCGGUAGUGUCCGCGUAGAUGGCCAACUAUCCGUACAACGUUUGGCAUCUCCAAUAGAUUCAUCUGAAUUACGUGUUCAAUCUGCCGAUUUAGAAAUGCGUCCUCAUCAAUGGUCAUCAUCGAUGGCUGCAUUAGCUUUAACUUCCGAUUCAAUGCUGGCCAAAGUGGGUGAAAUGAUCACUGUUCGAUCAAGUCAUAAUGAUCGUUUAUUAAUGCUCAUCGACCAUCAAACCCCUGCCUCAUCUAAACUGUUUGUCGAUCAAGUUGUAAUGAGAUCGACGCCUGCCCUGCAGAAUCGGGCCCUUUCAAUGAAAAAUGGAUCUGCCCAAGUGAUGCAGCUACAAUCGGUUCAUAAUUCAACUUCGUCAAGUCUGAUGCUCACUUCUUAUACAAAUCAUAUUCGUCUACGUGGAACCAGACAUCUGACAAUCAAUUCUCAAAACCAUUCUGUGAGAAUGAACAGUCGGCAAGUGGCAAUUGCUAUUCACAGUGGCCAUGGUCGUAUUAUGAUCAACACUACAAGAAUUCAGCUGAAUUCUCAAGCCAUAAGAACCAUUGUGCCAACCAAAUUAGGUCGUACUUAUCUGACCGUAGGGCAACUAUGUUUGUGCGAAAAUAACGGUCGUUUGUUCAUGGCUCCAGCCGACCAACAACAUCACUAUUCACAGCACAGUUGGAUUGGUCAUAUGAAUCAACUAGAACAACGAUGUCAGCGAUUAGCAGCCGUCGAAUGUUGGGCAUCACAAUGGACAAAGUCAACCUGACGAUAGUUUUUGUACAACAACAACGAAUCAAGUAGAAAAAUAAUGGAACAUUACAUGAUAACAGAAUAACAUUGUAAUCGCAUUAGAAUGGCUGGAAAUGAUUCUGAUUGUGUAAUGAGAUUAACCAUUAUUAAAUUAUCAACAUUACUACCAACCGACAACAAACCAAAAAGAUAAAAUGAGUUUUGCUUGAAA